CCCGGAUGUUGCGCUAUUUAAAACAGGUUGUUUUUUAUUUUGAGUUUUAAUUUCGAUGUUAUGUUCAGUUUAAGCUGUCUUUCAUCUUGAAACAUAUUCUGUACAAUAUCACAAAGCAGCACUGUUCAAGUAGAAGUUUUAGUAUCUUUGACCUGGCAUAUCACAUUCCGAAUGAAAUACAAAUGUUAAGGAAAUAUGGCUGAGUCUACUGCCUUAGAUGAGAGCUGUGGUUACCUGACACCUGAAGAUGUCAGUGGAGGACAACACCCCCUUGAUAAAGCACAAAGACCCCACUCUACAAAUGGGACUAAGAAAUACGAUUCAGGCUACUCUGAUGUUGACAGCAUGACAAUGGAAACACCCAGCGGCGAGUCCUUAAGAACAAGUCAGACGCAACUCUGCAAGCCAAAACCACGGAAAUAUGUCCGCGAUAGGAAUCUUAAAAAAGGUGACUCUGUCUCAAGUUCGGUUACCUCUUUACAGCAGCCUCAGGCAUAUGACAACAAUACACACCAGUUGCCAGGGCUUACCAAACACCAUAGCAACAACAAUACCGAACAUUUAACUGACAGUGGUAACCUUAGCAACUCAUCAAGUAGUAUCCAUGACAACCAGAUAAAACAUGCUCACAAUGGAAAUAAUAUUCAAAUGAAUCAUCUCCGGACAAAGGAAUCUCCAAUGAGAGAUAGUGGAUUUUAUUACGAACCAGUUAUUCUUGGAAAAUCUAGUCAAAACCAAGGAGAUCAGAAUCAGCAUUUUAAUGGGGUCCAUGGCAACCAAAAUUUCCACCAUGGCAACCAGAAUUUUAAAAACUUGCAACGAAGUGUAAGCGAAGGUCCAUUACAUUCAAUUGAUGAACAGGACUCAUAUAGAGCCACUCAGAGUGACGUUAAUGUCCAAAUGCGACAUAGCACUGGUCAAACUCCCCGAAUAAACAAUACUGAAAUACCACUGACAAAACAAAGACCGAGUGAUCUAGAUCUGCGAAGCUCUGGUCGAUUUCAGAAAAAGAAUUUGAAAAACUCUGAUGCUAAUAUACAGAAACGAUAUAAAAAGUCAAGCACGAGUAGUCCAGACACUCCCGAGGGUGGAAAAUUUGAAUAUGAUAUCGUACAAGACCGUGACCUUACUGGAAAACCACACCCAGAGAGUAUGAUGGUAAAGGGACCUCUCUAUGAGGAACUACCUCCAGAUCUUAGAAUGAGGCUAUAUUCCGAGCAAUCAGAUGCCCCGUCACCUCCCCCGCUGAGCAAGAUGCCAUCGAUGACAAUGGCGGCUAGUGACCUUGAGCUGACGACAUCAAUGUCAGAUACUCGAUCCAUGGCAUCUUCAGUGCAAAGUAACGCCAAUGCCAAGAGACGUGCCAAUCCUCUCUAUGAUUCAACGGGAGAUGAAAUCUCACAGCAGCGAAAUAGUACGUCAGCUGCUAGCACUGUUGCCAUAGUAACCAAGGAUGAUACGGAGAAGCCCGAACCUGGUUUCCUGUGUUGCAAGUGUCCGUACCCCCUGUUGAUACUAGUGGGGUUGUUGGCUGUUGGUGUGUUGAUACUGGUGAUGUUGAUCCUGAGCGGGGUGCUUUCACCCUCAGCUCCAAUAUCAGCUCCACCUGCUGCCAUUAUAUCUGACAAUAUGACGCAAAAUCUUGCCGCAGCUUUGAAACGUAUAGAAUCACUAGAAAAAUUAUAUGCAAUAAAAACUACAGAAUUAGAAGAGAACUAUGAUCAGUUAGAAACCAAGUAUAAGCGCUUGGAGGGCAUCCUCCAGUCCAGUGAUGAGAAUGUGACUCUCUCAACAAAGGUUGCUCAAAACACAAUUGCUAUAAACGAACUGGAGGAAAAUGUGACAAUUAACCAAGCAGCUGUGAAUAAUAUUACUGCAGAUGUCAUGGUACUACAAGCACAUUCCACAAAUACAGAUAACAACCUAGUUGGUCUCUCAAGCACCAUAGAUGCAAACAAACAACAGACUGAAGAAAGUCUGGCAGCCAUGGAGUUUACCAUAGCAGAACUGACUGCAGCCAAAUUGACUCUCCAAGACAGUAUUUCUGCUCUGAAUAGGAGUCUGCUUCAGGAGAUUAAUAAGCUCAGGAAUGGCUCCCAAGUUUCUCCCAUAAGCCCUGCCCCUUCACAGUGUCGCUACAAGAAGUUAACACAUGGCUCUCCAGUCACAGUAGACCAGACACAGUUGGCAUGGCAACCUGUUAACAUAGAGGAACUCAAUAGCUGGGUGACCACUGGUGCAACAUGUUCAACUAUAGGUGGCCUCAGAGCUCAGCUAGAGAGCACAAAUAAUGAGACGCAUAGGCAAUAUAGGUGCACAUGUACUGGGGACGAUGACACCUCCAAUGACAGAUUCUGUUUGUUACAUUUCUGGCAGUGCCCUAAAUCUUGAUGUUAUACUGCAGAAAAUCUAUGGAAAUAGUUCCGUAAAAUCUGAGGAAAUAGUGUCCUAGCGUUAAGGAAAAGGGAACUAGAAUUGUGAGAAAAUAGUUCCCUAAAACCUGGAGAAAUGGUACUCUAAAGAAGAGGCAACGUCCCUCAAAAAUACCAAGAGAAUCAAGAGAGUCAAGAGUAAAAAUGCCAAUUUUAAUGGCCGAGAUAUCGAGGAAAUAGUGCUCACAAUCCUCGAGAAAUAGUGGUUAAAAUUAAGAGGAAAUAUUUCCAAAAUUUCAAGGAAACUGUGCCUUUACUUGAAAGUUGUGUUUAAAAUUGGGACUUUAAGUAUGCUCAAAUGUGUCAUUGUGGAGGUGCAGUUCUAAGUGCCAGACAUGAUGACUUCAUUAAUAUCUGAUAAAAGACUACUCUUGUUUGGCCUGUUAAAUGAAAUAUGUUGGUGGGAUCAUUCUGGUAUGCCAGAGCCCC